ACAUAUAUGUAGCCCACUAUCGGUAUCUUUCUUUUCCGUGGCCUGCUCUCGUUGGAACACUGAAAUCUUCUCUCUCUCUCUCUCUCUCGACCAUGGGAGGCAAAAGGGCGGCAAGAGCUUGAAGCCGAUCGGAACCCAGAAGAUACGGAAUGGAGAUGCUCCUCAGAUUCAUCCUUGUGAUGUCCAUUGUAGCAUCCAUAGGAUCCUCCUCAACAUGCAACAGUACGGACCCACAGCUCGUUUCCAAGGCCUUCAGCUCCGUUGCCGGCUUCAACUCCUCCUGGCUUCACUCCUCCAAUCUCAGCUGCCCAAGCCCUCCAGUCACAGAGCUCAGCCUCUCUUCCCGAAAUCUCACCGGUAUUCUUUCAUGGCGGUUUCUCAGAAACCUCUCUCACCUCCAAAAGGUCGACCUUUCCAACAACUCGCUGAAAGGCUCCGUCCCUGGCUGGUUCUGGUCCUUACAAAACCUCGUUGAAAUCAACCUCUCCGAGAACCGUUUCGGGGGAUCCAUCGGGUUCCGAACCAGGUCCAGUUCAUCGAUUCGAAUCCUCAAUCUCUCCACCAACAGGUUCACCAGUUUGGCCUUCGUCCCUGCUUUUCAGAACCUUACUGUGCUUGAUGUCUCCCGUAAUGACCUCAGGGUCUUGCCUUCUGGUUUCACCAACCUUUCGAAGCUUCAACAUCUGGAUAUUUCGAGCUGCAACAUUUCGGGCAAUCCGAAAUCCAUUUCGAAUCUUCGGUCUUUGAAGUACUUGGAUGUUUCGAACAACAAAAUGACAGGCUAUUUUCCUUCUGAUUUGCCGCCAUUGACUGGCCUCAAGUUCUUGAACCUCUCGUUCAACAACUUCACGGGCCAUAUAGCUCCAGACAUCGUCCAAAGGUUUGGUAAAUCUGCGUUCAGUCAUGCAGGCAAUUUCAGCUCUCCGAAGUCCCAAACUUUUGAAGCAAACAACAGAGAAAACACUGAACCAGUUCACAAGCGCCGCGAAAAACACAGACCCGUCGCCAAACAAGUCAAGAAGCGAAAACCCGGAUCGAAAACCAAGGCUCUAGUCUUGGCCUUGUCAAUUGGGUCGGGGAUUCUGGGCUUGGCGGCCACGGCUGUUUUCAUUCAUUGCAUGUACAGAAAGAGGAAGUUGGCCAGGACGAUGAAGUGGUCGAUCUCCCAGCCCAUUCAAUUUCCAUUCAAGAUGGACAAAUCGGGGCCGUUCGCUUUCGAGACCCAGUCUGGCUCGUCGUGGGUCGCCGACAUCCGGGAACCAUCGUCGGCGCCGGUGGUUAUGUUCGAGAAGCCGUUGAUGAACCUCACGUUCAAGGACCUCAUUGCCGCCACGUCACACUUCGGCAAGGAGUCGCUAAUAUCAGAGGGCAGGUGUGGCCCCGUGUACAGGGCAGUGCUUCCGGGUGACCUCCACGCGGCAAUCAAGGUCCUCGAGCGAGCCAGAGCCGUCGAUAACGACGACGCCGUCUCCAUAUUUGAAGACCUGGCCAAGCUCCGGCACCCCAACUUGUUGCCUAUUUCGGGCUACUGCAUCGCAGGGAAAGAGAAGCUGGUGUUAUACGAGUUUAUGCCCAACGGCGACCUGCACCGGUGGCUCCACGAGCUUCCGGCCGGCGUACCCAAUGUGGAGGACUGGAGCACCGACACCUGGGAGCAUAAUCCAACCGACCGAGAUGGCGGGCAUCAAAUUCCGUCGCCGGAGAAGACGGAGGCACGGACGCGCCACCGCAUCGCCGUCGGCAUUGCCCGCGGGCUGGCCUAUCUCCACCACGCGCAGUCGAAGCCGGUGGUCCACGGCCACCUGGUCGCUUCCAAUAUUCUGCUGGCGGAUGACUUGGAACCCCGGAUUACCGAUUUCGGUCUGGGUCAGGAGGACGGGGUUAACGGGUCGGUUGAGGCUGACGUGUACAGUUUCGGGGCGGUGUUAAUUGAGUUGCUGACGGGUAGGCUAGGCUCGGACGAGACGGUGGGGUGGGUGAGAAGGUUGGUGAAAGAGGGACUCGGAGCCAGUGUGCUGGACACGCGGCUUGGACUCGCCGGCGACUCAGCGACUGAGAUGGUGGAGUGCCUCCGAGUCGCGUACUUGUGCACGGCGGAGACGCCCGCGAAACGUCCCAAAAUGCAGCAAGUUGUCGGCCUGCUCAAAGACAUACACCCAGUCACGUCCGAGCUUCACUGAGCGAGUCGACCCGUUUGUCGCCAUCCACGCGCGGAUAAGCGCGUGACAUGGCCGGCUGAAAAGGACGAGUUAAGCCGUGUUGGUUGACUUCAUAGUUCGGAAUGAAAUGCUAAACAGGACACGGGGCCACCCCAUGUCCGACGUUGUAACUGACUGUGGGGGGCGUCACGUGACAUGCACGGGAUUUAGUAUAUUGUGGGGCGGCUGUUAAAAAGGUUCGGUCAGGACCACCGAUACUUGUCUCUUUUGUCUUUAUUCUGCUUGCAGUUAUUGAACAAUUUUACUGUUUUGAGAGAAUUUUUGAUUGAUUUUUUUUUUUAUUUAAGAACUAUUUGUUAUGAUCAUGCACCACAAAAAUA